CACCACCCGGGAACUGCACCAGCUGCCCCGGGCUCCGCCCCGAGGACCUGUGCGGCCCGCCGAGCGCCGGCUCCUCCCCCGAAGCCUGCCCGCGGGACUGGUCCAGUCGCUUCGCCUCAGGCUCCUGCCCUGGCCCAAACCAGCCCGCCAUGGAGGGGGAUGUGCCCGCCGCUGCAGCCGCCCGCUACCAGCCGGCCAGCCCCCCGCGGGACGCCUGUGUCUACAACAGCUGCUACUGUGAAGAAAAUAUUUGGAAGCUCUGUGAAUACAUCAAAAACCAUGACCAGUAUCCUUUAGAAGAGUGUUAUGCUGUCUUCAUAUCUAACGAGAGGAAGAUGAUACCUAUCUGGAAACAACAGGCAAGACCUGGAGAUGGACCUGUGAUCUGGGAUUACCAUGUUGUCCUGCUUCAUGUUUCAAGUGGAGGACAGAGCUUCAUUUAUGAUCUUGACACUGUGCUGCCAUUUCCCUGUCCUUUUGACACUUACGUGGAAGAUGCCUUUAAAUCUGACGAGGACAUUCAUCCACAGUUCAGAAGGAAAUUUAGAGUGAUCCGUGCAGAUUCGUAUUUGAAGAACUUCGCUUCUGACCGAUCUCACAUGAAGGAUUCCAGUGGGAACUGGAGGGAACCUCCUCCUUCGUACCCCUGCAUUGAAACUGGAGUGACAGGCCUACCAAGCCUGUAAUUACAGGGGGCCAGCAUCCCUUGUUUUGGAGCUGGGAUGGUUAUAUAAACACGGAGAGCAAACAUCGGUUUCCCAGGCUAUACUUCGAGGACCUGAAAUUCCCCUUUGGAGGGCACGGCAUCCAACUCAAACAAGGCACCUGGCUGAGGGGCGGGGCGCAGCUUUCUGCAAGGAGAGCCCGAUGCAGGCUUGAAGGAUCGACACGCCAGGGUGGGCCCCAGUCAUACAGCGAGGGGACUUGUAUCUGCACACCCAGGACCCCCCCCUCAAGUGGAUUUCUGCCUUUUCUAAUCUGAAAUAGGAUUGAAGAAUUCAUGCGAACGUUUUUUAGAAAGUUCACGCAGAGCCAGACCUCUCUGUCGCAAGUUAUUUUAGGACAUUUUAUUGGUCGCUGUUUUGGAAAAAAAACACUUUAGCCUUUGUGUUCCUGGAAGUACCCAGCAAAACUGGCCCCUCUAGACCCCUGAGCCGUGAGUGCAGGCCCUGGAUUUAGGCAGCCUCGAUUUGAAUCCCAGUUCCACUGUAUGUCGUCGGGCAAGCUGCUUAUCCUUCCUGUGCCUCUGUUCUCUCCUCCGUAAAAUGGGAAUAAAGAAUAGUAUCUAUUUCAUCAAAUUGUUGAGAUAAUCAAGCAUUUAGUGUGCUUGGAACAGUGCCUAGCUAUUUAACAUAAAACAAUAAUUGUAACAAUAUCGAACACUAACAAGUGUU